UUGGGGAGGGGAGAGGGGAGUGUCUCAACCGCCAUUGAAGGCCUGACUGCUAAAGUUUUCUGCCGUACUUCAAGCACGGCAGUGGUUUGAACAGAACUGACGUCACCAAAACACAGUCAUGUCCAAGAAGCCACAGUCGGAUGACCUACAGGUGGGAUUUGACGUCACAGAACUCUCCAACUUGACCCCUACGGACCAUCAUGACCUUGAAGAAACGGAAACGGAAGUCAAGAACGAAAGGACCAACCCACCGCAUGCAUAUGGGAACGCACUUACGCAGGUUUUCUCCAAUUGUAUCGCACGGUGCAAAACUUUCUUAUCCACCCACAAUAGGACGAUCAAAAGGCUCUUUUGGGGGUUGUUGAUACUAUCGUACUUCGCAUUUCUGAUCUCUGGCCUGGUUUUAAACUUCUGCCGUUCGUUUGCGCUGCUCAUCAUGACUUUAGUGGUGCUGGCGUACGUGAUGUACGCGCAUGUUCGGGACAGGUGGGGCCCGAAGAUCAGACAGAACUACUUGAAGCCGUGUGUAAGGACAGUAAAACCGUCAUGGAGAUACUUGAAGUGGUUGGUGUUCCUGGGUGCUCUGCUUUGUAUCGGGUUAUUCCUGGGUUUGGAAACGGCCAAACAACCGGACCAGCUCAUUUCCAUAGGGGGAUACGUCAUCAUUCUCCUCAUCUGCUUCGUGUGUUCCAAACACCCUGGUCAGGUGAGAUGGAGGCCAGUGCUGUGGGGCCUCGCACUGCAGUUUUGUCUCGGUCUCUUCGUCCUGAGAACUUCGGUAGGAUACCAGGUCUUCAACUUCCUGGGUCAGACGUUCGAAGGUUUCAUCAAGUUUGCUGACGAAGGGUCGCAGUUCGUGUUCGGUGACCUUCCCGUGGUGACCAGUCCGUCCGGUAACCUGACUGACCUGACGCUGACCAGGGCGUACCUGGUCCACAACGUCGCCUUCCAGGUGAUGCCAACAGUGGUGUUCUUCGCCACAGUGACGUCACUGCUGUACCACCUGGGCUGGAUGCAGUUCGUCAUCCACAAACUCGCCUGGCUCAUGCAGCUCACGCUAGGCAUCACGGGACCGGAGGCCGUCUCAGCUGCGGGCAGCAUCUUCCUCGGAUUGACUGACUGUGCCAUGUUGGUCCGCCCGUUCCUGCCGGCCAUGACGAACUCGGAGCUGUUUACCGUGAUGACUGCCGGGUUCUCCAGCAUCGCCGGGUCCGUCCUGGCCGCGUUCACGUCACUGGGAAUUAGCGCGUCGUUUCUCCUGACCGCUAACGUGAUGGCGGCUCCCACGUCCCUGGCCCUGUCCAAACUGGUCUACCCUGAGACAGACACACGUCGCCAUGGCAACAAAAAGGACGACAGACUAGACGUCGAGAUACCGAAGGACAGGAACCUGCUGGAAGCGGCGUCAGCAGGAGCCAGUAUGGGGGUGAGUAUCGUGGCGAACAUCGUGGGGAACCUCAUCUCCUUCAUCUCCCUCCUGGCCUUCAUCAACACCGUCCUCACCUGGCUGGGCCGGAUGGUCAACAUACAGGACCUCACCUUCCAGACUAUUUGUUCGUACGUGUUCAUGCCUCUGGCGUUCCUGGCCGGUGUACCAUGGGAAGACUGCCGUGUGGUCGCCGAGCUGUUCGGGACUAAGACCUUUCUGAACGAGUUUGUGGCGUACGUGGACAUGAGUAACAUCAUCAAGGGCCGAGUACCGGGUAAAACACUCCAGCACCCCCGUUCAAUAGCCAUCGCCACCUUCGCCCUGUGCGGCUUCGCGAACUUCGGCAGUGUGGGGAUCCAGCUGGGAGGGAUGGGGAUCAUGGCCCCGGCCCGGCGGGGGGACCUGGCAGACCUCGCCCUGAGAUCCAUGCUGACCGGCGCCGUGGUCGGGCUACUCAACGCCUGCAUGGCCGGUCUACUUUACCAGGACCCCGUGUUGUCCACAGUCAGUACACUGAACGGCACAGCGGUACUGAACAGCACACAGUCGUGUCAAUACACAGGAACUCUUCUGGACUGUAUGUGUUAACUGUGCAUACAGGAAAACUAUCCUGGCGUGUAGUAUAACAUCUAUCAUUGUAAAAUUUGAGAGAAAUUUACAUGCAAGGUAGACAAAAAGAAUCAAUUUCUUCCUGGUUGGAAAUUCCUUUGUGUCUUUUGUACAUAAUAUGCUGUACGCAACUUUGAAUAUUAUAUAUAAAUCUUUUUAAGCUGCUGAGCUAUUUAUAUAGAGCUACUAGU